CGGCGGUAUGUCGCCCGUGUUGUCUGUCCUGCGACAAGAGGUGCAUGAUCAGCAAACGCCAGAACGUCAGCGCCAGAAAGGGUCCAGGUCCCAGUCCACGCACGCCCUCUCUCUUUGGCUCGUACUAUGUAUGCAAGUAAAAGGAAGCGGACUGUGACAACCUCGGACCCCCGGCUGCGGGUGCCGCGUUUGCAUCUUGGGCAGUGUGCUGGCGGGCCGAGGGUGGGAGGGGGGCGGAAGCGGCCUCGUGACGACAGAAAGGGCAGUGAGCUACACGGCGCAAGUGCUCUGUCGGAGCAGUCUGCAUAGUGUCGCUGCUAAAUCCAAUACAUUUGUCGCACGCGCCGCCGGCAUCGUAGCAUGGGGGCAUGUUUCCUUUCACGUGCCAGCGGCGAGUCGAAGAGGGUUGGUCCGUGGUGUGCACAUACUUGCACGCAUACAUACAAACCAUUUCUGCUCUGCCAAUUGCUACCCCCGAGCCGCCGGCUCGCGCUCGGGCCGCAAGCAUUCAAUGAAACCUAUACUGGCGCAGUGCCGUGCCAAAAUGUCACACGCGGAGUCGCUUUAGCUCCAACAAUACUUGACACGCACCAACGAAAGGGCCGAUGUAGCGAACUGUCGCUCGCAGAUGAGAAGAUGUCAGGCCGCCAGGGUCCAACACAUGGUCUAGCCUCAACUGGAGACAUGAUGGAUUUCAUAUCAUGUCGCCUCAUCUCCACUCUCUGGUCGGCAGCUGUGAGCUGGCGUCUGGAACGCGCUCUCUCCCAAUCUAAACUCUCUUCCGAUGGUCUUGUGAGGGCCGCGAUGGCGGAUGACUGCGUUACAGUAGUGGUCCGACAUUCCGACUGUGCGCGUGGCGGUGCAGCGCAGCACGUCGACUAUCGAUCAGACCGUCGAGUCGCGCAGAGUCGUCUGUGUGACUGUGCUGUGCUUCCCAAUAUCUGUAGUACCUGCAAUCCGUGGUAGUAGGUAAGGUCCUUCCAUCCACGCUGCACGCAACAUGCCUCGCCUGACAUGGCACAUACAUACAUCAGCCGCACGGCCACCGACUGCAUAGGCGGACAGUCUGUACAUGAAUGGCAGGCAGCAGAGAUGGGCGCACCGGCCACAUGAGCAAGUUG